AUGUGUACAGAAAUUUCAUCAACACCAGGAGCUUUUAGACUCCGUUGGGACGUGUUCUUGAGUUUCAGGGGACCAGACACGCGCCACUCCUUCAUAGCACCACUCUACGACGCGCUCCAAUUGCGUGGCGUUCGAGUCUUUCGCGACGACGAUGGAUUGGAACGCGGCGACGAAAUUGCUCCUACUCUGCUCGAAGCCAUUGACGAUUCUGCCGCCUCCAUUGUUGUUCUCUCGCCUAACUAUGCAGGAUCCCGGUGGUGCCUUGAGGAGCUGGCAAAGAUCUGUGACUCUGACAAGCUCAUUCUCCCUGUGUUCUAUGGUGUUGAUCCAAGAGAUGUUAGGAAACAAAUCGGUCCCUUUGAAGAGGCUUUUAGGAUCAAAGAAAAGAAGUUUGAUGCAGUUAAGGUUUCGAGGUGGAGGAAGGCCAUGACGAGAGUGGGUAACCGAGCUGGUCUUCUUCUUGAUGAUCAAACCAGUGCUGAACGCCGAGCUACUUUGAUAAGAGAAUUGGUGACAAAGGUUUUGAAAGAACUGAGCAACACUCCCUUAGGUGUUGCUCCAUUUACAGUUGGGCUCGAUCGCCGUGUCGAAGAGUUGCUAAAUUCGUUAGAGCUCAAAUCCAACGGUUUCAAAUUGUUUGGGCUAUAUGGCAUGGGCGGUGUUGGAAAAACAACUCUUGCCAAGACUCUCUACAACAACCUCGUUGCUAAUUUUGAACACCGCACCUUCAUUGCAAACGUCAGAGAAGCUUCGUCAAAAGAUAAUGGCUUGGUUUCUCUUCAAAAGAGAAUCAUUGGUGAUCUAAAACCCGAUUCUUCCAACUCCAUCCAAAUCAAUGACAUAAAUUCAGGCAUUGCUGCAAUCAAAAGGUUAGUUGAAGAAAACAGAGUGCUAAUAGUCUUAGACGAUGUUGAUGAUACAGAACAGCUUCAUUCUCUGUUUGGAAAAAAGGAAUGGUUUUACGAAGGAAGCCGCGUUAUCAUCACUACAAGGGAUAGGAAACUCUUACUUGAUAACAAUGUUGAUUUGGUUUAUGAGGUUAAAGAAUUGAGUUCAACUGAAUCAUUGCAACUAUUCAGUAAUCACGCUUUUAAAAGAAAGCAUCCUCCAACACAAGAAUUUCUUGGGCUAUCGGAACAAAUAGUGAAGCUAACUGGAGGAUUACCAUUGGCACUAGAAGUGUAUGGUUCGUUCUUGUUUGACAAAAGAAGGGUGGAAGAAUGGGUGGAUGAACUCGAAAAGCUGAAGCGGAUUCAGCCCAAGAACCUCCAAGAUGUGCUCAAGAUAAGCUACGAUGGGUUGGAUGAAGAAGAGAAAACGGUGUUCUUGGACAUUGCUUGUUUGUUGGUGCAAAUGGAGAUGAAGAGAGAUGAAGUGGUUGAUGUUGAAAGAGGUUGUGGUUUUAGUGCAGAGGUAGCAAUCACCGUUCUUACGUUAAGGUGUUUGAUUAAGAUCGGUGAGGACAAUACUGUAAUUGUGCAUGAUCAAAUCAAAGACAUGGGAAGGCAAAUUGUUGGAGAUGAAGGGCGUGUUGAUGGUGGAAUGCGAAGCAGGUUGUGGAAACGUGAUGAAAUAUUGAACGUUUUGCGUGGGAAUAAGGGAACAAGAUUUACACAAGGGAUCACCCUCGAUUUCCAGGGAAAAUAUAUUCUCAAUGAUGCAGAAGCUGAAACAAUUUUGAGGCACAAACUUCAAUGCACCUCCAUUAUAACAAAUCCAUCAGCAUUUUUUAAAUCAAUCCUUGCCAAGAAAGAAAAAGGGCUUACACUCCAGACAAAAUCAUUUAAAUCAAUGGUGAACUUGAGACUACUUGAGAUCAAUAAUUUGAGAAUGGAAGGGAAGUUUCAAUUUCUUCCCUCUGAAAUCAAAUGGCUACAGUGGCAAGGAUGUUCUUUCAAAACCCUGCCUUCUGACUUUUGGUCACAGAAAUUCACUGUCCUUGAUCUCUCAUACAGCAAUAUUGAAAGCUUGUGGGGCUUGAGAACCAAAAAGGUGCCAGAGAAUUUGAAGGUUCUGAAUCUCUCCCUCUGUAGGAAUCUAACCUCAAUUCCUGAUUUAUCUUCUUGUGCAAGUUUAGACAAGCUUGUACUUGAAAGAUGCACUUCUUUAACAAGCAUUCAUGAGUCAAUUGGGAGCCUCAGUGCAUUACACGAUUUGAAUUUGAGCUACUGUUCAAAUCUUAAGGAACUUCCCUACGACGUAUCUGGGCUGAAAAAUCUAGAGAACAUGUUGCUCACCGGCUGUGCGAAACUAAAAGCCUUGCCAUCAAACAUGGGCCAUAUGAAGUCACUGAGAAAACUACUUGCUGAUAACACUGCCAUUGCUGAGAUACCUGAAUCAAUCUUCAGCCUGGAAAGACUUGAAAUGCUUGUGUUAGAUGGUUGCCAAAAUCUGAAAAGGCUUCCGAAUUGUAUCGGAAACCUGACUUCUCUGCAAGUACUCUCCCUUGAUCAGUCUGCAUUAGAAGAACUACCUAACUCAGUUGGGUCACUUGCAAGCCUUGAGAUACUUAGUUUGAGGUGGUGUCAAUCUCUCACCGCAAUUCCUGAAACUAUUGGCAAUCUCAUAUCAUUGACAAGACUUUCAGUUAAUUGUAGUGAAAUCAAAGAACUCCCUUCUUCUAUUGGUUCAUUAUCAUCUUUGAAGGAGCUAUCAGCUGGACAAUGCAAGCUUCUCGGUCAAUUGCCGGACACAAUUAACGGCUUAGCUUCAGUAGUUGAGCUUCAGUUAGAUGGUACAGCGAUUGCGAAUUUGCCGGAUCAGAUUGGAGCUAUGAUAAUAUUAAGGAAAUUUGAAAUGAGGAAUUGCAUUAAUCUUAAAUCAUUGCCUGAAUCUAUUGGCAGAUUAGCAGCACUAACUACUUUAAACAUAAGUAAUUCAACUAUAGAGGAACUUCCAGAGUCCAUUGGCUUGCUGGAGAAUCUUGUUACAUUAAAUAUGAACAAAUGCAGAAUGCUCAAAGAGCUUCCAACAUCAAUUGGAAAAUUGAAGGAAUUGCACCACUUGAUGAUGGAGGAAACUGCACUAACAAAAUUACCUGAAACAUUUGGUUUGCUCUCAAGCUUGAUGACACUGGAAAUGGCGAAACGACCACAUUUGGUAGCGAAUGAUGAUAGAUUUCCUGCAGAGGAAGAAAGUGCUCAUCAUUCUUUUCAACUUCCAACUAACUUCUGUGAUCUGACUCUGUUAAAUGUAUUGGAUGCUCGAGCUUGGAGAAUAUCGGGGGAAAUUCCCAAUGAUUUUGAGAAGCUAUCAUCACUAGAAAAAUUGGAUUUAUCUCAAAACAAUUUUCACAGCCUUCCAUGUAGCUUGAAGGGACUCUCAAUCCUCAAAAGGCUUUACUUGCGAGAUUGCAUUGAGUUGAGAUCUCUGCCUUCUCUUCCUUCAAGCUUGAUUGAGUUGAAUGCUGAAAACUGCACCUUGUUGGAAAAUGUAUCUGAGGUUACAGACUUAGAGUGCUUACAAGAGUUAGAUCUCACAAACUGCGUGAAAGUGAUGGAUAUUCCAGGGCUUGAAAGCUUGAAAUCUUUGAGAAGAAUGUAUUUAAGUGGCUGUAUUGCAUGCUUCUCUCAAGUAAGGAAAAGACUUUCAAAGGUUGCAUUAAGGAAUAUAAGAAACUUGAGCAUGCCGGGAACCAAAUUUCCCGAAUGGUUUUCGAGACAAACUGUGAACUUUACCAAGCACAAAAACCGUGAGCUAAAAGGUAUUGUUAUAUGCAUUGUUCUUUCCAUCAACCAUAGCAUUCCCAAUAAUGACAUGAUGCCUGGAAUUGUUGAUGUUGUGGCAACUGUUCUCAAAUCGGGCAAACAAGUGUAUAGUACUUCAGUAUACCUACGUGGGGUGCCAAAAACGAACCAAGAACACAUGCACAUGUGUCGCUUUGCAGAUUUUCAUCCAUUAGUGCAUUUUAUGAGAGAUGGAGGUACAUUAUGUGUGACUACGAGAAACCCUCUCGUAGAUAAGAGGUUGGAGCUGAAAGAUUCUGGAAUUCAUUUGAUCUUAGAAGGGGAUGAUGAUUAUGGGGGAGAUGAGAGUUCUGUGGAGCCAAGCUUGAAAUCUGUCUCAGAAAAAAUGGCAGAGUUUUUUAACUCUGUAGAAGAUGCAUAUGACCCUGAACCUGGUGGUGCAAAUGAGUCUGAAGAUUAGUGCAAGAGCUAGUAACUUGCCAUGCAGGGAAAAUUCAUCAGGUGUCACAAGUAUAAUUAUUGUUUGUGUUUUAUUUGUCUCAAAUAAAUGCCAACUGCUAUAUUGUUUAGCAUCCUCAUCCUCCACAAUGGCUACUCUUGCCCUUGUAGUGAUAUGUUAAUUCAUUUUUCGUUUAUUAAU